AUGACCAAAAAAAGAAGUUUGUUAACGCGUCGUACUCGUACACUACAUUCUCCUUUAUCCAUCGACGCUUCUCAUGAUGGACAGGGCAUUCAGACAGUUCGCUCUUUAUCACACUUAAAUUCAGCCAAAUCCAUCGACCAAAUACACAAUCGUAAUCGAUUAAAUAGGUCAUCAAGUCUGGAUACUGAAGAACGUAUUUCACGACUUGAACGGGGAAUGUCGUCAAUUCAAGAACAAAUGUCUACUGGGUUCAGGCAAAUAACGAGAAUGCUGGAGCGUUCUCUGAACUCACAAGAACGUUCACGACAAAAUCGACAAAUAGAAUAUAUUCAGGUUGAUGAUGAUGAUGACGAAGAUGAACUUGAUAAACAAGACAAUGAGGAAUAUAUCCCUGAAAAAGAUCUACAUUCGUUGCAAGAGACAGCACAAAAACAAUAUAAUAAGAAGCAUUGA